UGCAUGCGUGUUAAGAUAUCUGAAUGAUAAGCACAUGCAGCUUAAUUUGUGACUAGUUUUAUUUUGUUUAGAUAUUUUUCAACAAACUCCAGCUUAGCUUAUGUUAUCUUGAAUCCCUUCUGCCACUCUCAAUCAUGGCUUCCCUUGCCUGUUUGUUCAUCCUUUGCUGUCUGCUAGCUUUGACUAGUUUUCAGUCUUCUUCAUCUCCAGCAUCUCCAUCACCUGAAAACUAUUCCAUUGGAGAUCUCACCCAUGAGCUCUUAGACUCAGCUCUAAGUCCUGGUUUUUUCCACUGGUUAAAGAGUACAAGGAGGAGCAUUCACCACCACCCUGAACUGGCUUUCCAGGAACUCCACACCAGCCAACUUAUAAGAAGAGAGCUUGAUGUCCUUGGUGUGCAAUACUCAUGGCCUGUGGCCAGAACUGGAGUUGUUGCUUCCAUUGGUUCUGGUCUCAAACCUUUCUUUGCUCUCAGAGCAGAGAUGGAUGCUCUUCCUUUGCAGGAGUUGGUGGAUUGGGAGCACAAGAGCAAACACAAUGGAAAGAUGCAUGCUUGUGGUCAUGAUGCUCAUGUGUCAAUGCUUCUUGGAGCUGCUAAGUUGCUUCAAGAACGAGAGCAUGAACUCAAGGGUACUGUGAAGCUUGUUUUCCAACCAGCUGAAGAAGGUCUUGCUGGUGCUUAUCAUGUAUUGCAAGAAGGUGUUCUUGAUGAGGUGUCUGCCAUGUUUACACUUCAUGUUGACACUGUGCUUCCAACAGGUGUCAUUGCUUCCAGACCAGGGCCUCUUCUUGCUGCCUCUUCUAGAUUUAUGGUUAGAAUUCAAGGCAAUGGCACCAGAGAUCCCAUACUUGCUGUCUCUUUUGUUAUCCAGGCGCUUCAGUUGUUAGUCUCUCGAGAAACCAAUCCUCUUGAAGGCAGAGUUGUAUCUGUUACCUUUGUGAAAUCAGUAAGGGAUUCAGUUGAUUUAGGAGGUACUUUAAGGAGUAUGACAAGUGAAGGUCUCAUUUACUUAUCAAAGAGAAUCAAAGAGAUCAUAGAACUCCAGUCUGCCGUUCUUGGUUGCACUGCCGAGAUAGACUUUAUGGAGAAGGAAAGAAUACCGUAUCCGGCGACUGCCAAUGAUGAUGAAAUAUAUAUGCUUGGGAAGAUGGUAGGAGAGAGUAUGUUUGGGGAAGAUAAUGUGCACUUGAGCUCAAUGUGUAUGGCAGCAGAUGAUUUUGGUUUUUACUCCCAGAAGAUGGCCACUGCAUACUUCUCUAUUGGAAUAAAAAAUGAGACAUUGGGCUCAUCUCAUCCUUUGCACUCUCCACACUUUUUCCUUGAUGAGCAGGCUCUUCCCAUUGGUGCUGCUUUUCAAGCUGCUGUUGCAAUUAUGCAUUUAAAUCACCAUGUCUCUUUUCUUCAGUCCUGAAUUAAUUGUUUUUCCAGAGAUUAUCAUUUUCAAUGAAUAAAUGUUGGAGAUAUUCCUUGUCUUUUGGAUUUUCCUCUUUGCAUGUAGAUAUGAAUCAUAAGAUCAAGAAAGUCCACUCUUUCUUUGUUUCUUCUUCAGUCCAGGUAUUGCUUUCUUA